CAAUCAGUUAAUCGUGCUUCUUGCUUCUAUGACGUCAUGGAAACAGCCGGUUCGAACUCAGCUAACCUCACUUUCACACAGUCUGUAAAGCAUACAAGAGUGAAAACAAAGUGAGCAAAAUGUUGUCUAGAUUCAAACAGCUAUUAAGUCAAAAGUUUCCAAUAAUUGGAAUGAUCCACGUCGGUGCCUUGCCUGGAACUCCACUGUACUCCGGGGACUUCGACGAAACAGUCAAGAAAGCGGUUCGCGAAGCGGAGAUCUACGCUGAAAAUGGAAUUGACGGUCUCAUGAUCGAAAACAUGCACGACGUCCCGUACGUCCAGUCCCGCCACCUGGGUCCGGAAACGGUGGCCUGCAUGACACGGCUGGCGACCGCCGUGAGGGAAGCCACUCGGCGAGCUGCCAUUCCAUGCGGGGUUCAAAUACUGGCCUGCGGAAACCGGGAGGCGCUGGCCGUGGCAAAGGCCGCCGGGUUGGACUUUAUUCGCGCCGAGGGUUACGUGUUUGGUCACGUCGCAGAUGAAGGCUACACGGACGCGAACGCUGGGCUGGUGCUGCGCUACCGGAAGGCGAUUGACGCCGAGCGGGUUCUGGUGCUGACCGAUAUCAAGAAGAAGCACAGCUCACACGCGAUAACGGAGGACGUUUCGCUUGUGGAGACGGCGAAGGCUGCGGAGUUUUUCAUCUCGGAUGGACUCAUUCUGACGGGGAGUUCAACCGGAAGUGAAACGAGUGUGGAGGAAGUUCAAAGUUUGAGGAACAAGACGAGACUGCCGCUCAUCAUUGGUUCCGGCGUGACUCUCGAGAAUAUCGACAAAUAUUGGAACGCGGCGGACGCUGCCAUCGUUGGGUCAUAUUUUAAGGACGGCGGUAGUUGGCAAAACGAACUCAGUGGGUCUCGGGUGGACGCGUUGAUGAAGAAAUUGGACGAAAUUCGAAACUAGAUUUAAUUUCCUCAAAUCGCUUUUAUUAACUACACAAUAAAGAGAAGAUUAUUUACAAACGA